AUGUCGAAAGUCACAUAUCCCAAACUCGAUUUCAGCUUUAAAAGUAACUUAAGUGCUAACUUGAAUAGUGAAGAGAUCAAACAUGACAAGUUCGAUAUGUGCCCUAGGAAGGCCCAUGGGCUUGACGAAUUCCCAGCAACCUUCUACCAAAAAUCUUGGUCUUACGUUAGAGAUAGUAUAUGCGGGUACAUUUAUAAAAUGUGGAAUGAUCCCAGCCACAAUCAAAAAGUGAAUUCUACUGAGAUUUGUCUUAUACCAAAAGUUCCUCAUCCUACUCAAGUGCAAUAA